AUGCAUCAAUUUGUGAGAAAUUUCAUCUGGGUCUUCACGUUCGGACUCAUAGGCCUUACUUUUUCAGAUCGUUAUGCUAGCAUUCUUCCGUUUUUUCGUGCAGAUGACUAUGUUCUAGUUGAGAAAUUUUGUCUGGGAAAUUACAAGUUUUCACAUGGAGAUGUGAUUGUUUUUCGAUCACCUCGCAAUCACAAACAGAAACAUGUGAAGCGAAUUGUUGGUUCGCCAGGUGACUGGAUUGGAACUCACAGUUCUUAUGAUGUUUUGAAGGUUCCGGAUGGACAUUGUUGGGUUGAGAGAGACAAUCCUUCUUCUAGCAUGGAGUCAAGAACUUAUGGCCCAAUUCCUUUGGGCCUCGUUCAAGGAAGGAUCACCCAUAUUGUAUGGCCUCCUCAAAGACUAGGAGCAGAGAAGAGAAAUAUUUAUGCAGACAGACUUUCUUCUUUCUAAUCAGGUUAUGGUAGUUGAUACUUUUAGUAGCGAGAAUACAUAUUUUCCUUCAUAAUGCUUUACCAUUUGAUCAAGGCAACAAUUUUUUGGAGAUCCCUUGCUUAAGAACAUAGAGUUUUUGAAAGUUUUAGACUGUUCUUUGAUUUUGUUUAUUAAGCAAGAAUAAGAAAGAAGUAAUCUUUUGGGGACAGUAUUUGUACAUUAUUUAUAUUGUUAAUGGUCAAGUUAAUCAACUCAAUAAUGGAUUUUGAGUUCAAUAUAAUUGAUUUUAAUUCCUGGGUGAAA